GAGUAACGUGUUUCGCAUACAGACGACGACGGUUGAGUGUUAAGAAGACCGUCCACCGUCUGGCAAGAAAAGAACUUCUGGUGACAAUAACUUUUUCGAAUUAAAGUUUUUGAAAAGUUUUUUUUUAAUUAAGUCGCCGUAAAGUGAACAAUUUGUAACGCAUGGACUUAGUUACUAUUGCGAAUCGGUUCAGGGAAGAUGUAACUUUUGUUUGAUGAAAGGAAGAGAUCUCGGUGCAUUUCUUGUAUUGUGGUGAGUGUUGAGGAUAGGAUUGCUUAGUGGUGGAUUAUCAUUAUCUUGGAAACAAUCAAAACGGACAUAAGAAGUGAAUUUAAGAAGUUACGGCUGCAAUUUCGCGCUACUUACCUAGACUGGCGGCAAUCAAUGGAUUAAUUUACGGCCAAUUGGAGUGACAACUAUCGAAAACAUAAGUGGAAACGAUUAAUUAAAUUUACACCAUGGGGACACUAAGGAACGCAGUCCAUGUACUGCUCCUGGCCAUGUUGCUCACCGUGCGAGGAGCACAUGAGCCACCACCAGGUCAGCCAGCCUUCAUCCGGUCCGCCGUAGAAAGUAUGCCACGUCCAACUGAAAUUGAACUUUCCAAAUUCUCCCUGGCUCCAACGUUCGGAGAAGUUUUUCUUCCUCUUCGAAGUGCCGUUGAAAGCGCGCCGGCCGCCUAUAUUCAGCCAGAAGAGCCUGCAAAAACUUUCAUCCGAUCUGCAGUGGAGCAACGUCCUUCCGACCAGGCCUACAGUGAAACGGCUCAUCUACGAAUGGCUCCAUUAGUUGAGGAAAUCGCAAAACAAGAUCAUUUGUCUGCCUUUGUAUCGCCUGAUCAUUAUGAUAUUGAUUCGCCACAACCAUACAGAUCUGGGUCACCAUAUCAGGCUCUUGUCGAUGUUGAGACGGUGAAAGAAGAAAUCGAAAGUGAAAAUUUGGCUAACUUGAGGACUGCAUCAAGACCGGAAAGAUAUCAGGCAUUAGGAAAAACCAAGGGCCCAAAAGUGCUUUGUUAUAUGACAAAUUGGUCAAAUUAUCGCAAAAAGGAUGGAAAAUUCGCUCCAGAAAAUUUGGACACAAGCCUCUGUACAGCAGUUAUCUACUCAUUCGCAUCUUUAGAUCCUACAAGCUUAAUGAUUAAAGAAUUCGAUCCUUGGAUUGAUCUUGAAAAUGAUUUGUACAAGAGAACAACAUCUUUGAAUAUACCAGUUCUUCUGGCUCUUGGAGGAUGGACAGAUUCCACCGGAGACAAAUACUCAAAUCUGGUUAGCAACCCAUCAUCCAGACAAGCAUUUGCAGCUAACCUUGUAGGAUUUUUGGUGAAGUAUGGCUUCCGUGGUCUCCAUUUGGAUUGGAAUUAUCCAAAGUGUUGGCAAAGUGACUGCAGUAAGGGUCCUGCCAGCGACAAACCGAACUUUACUCAACUUAUCAAAGAUAUAAAGCGAGAGUUCAAUCGAUUGGACCCAGAUUUGCAACUGGGAGUAGCAAUUUCUGGAUACAAGGAAGUAAUACAAGAAGCCUAUGAAUUAGAAGCCCUUUCGAAAUAUGCUGAUUACUUAACAGUCAUGUCUUAUGAUUACCACGGUGCAUGGGAAAUGCGAACGGGUCAUGUAAGCCCACUGUUUGGAAAACCUGGUGAUAAAUUCCCACAAUACAAUACUGAUCACACAAUUAGAACGCUUGUGGAAGGUGGAGCGGCUAGAGAAAAAAUUAUUCUAGGAAUUCCAUUCUAUGGUCAAACUUUCACCCUUACGCAAUCCUACAACAAUCUAGUUGGUGAAGGUAUUCCCUCUCGUGCCCCUGGAGAACCAGGAGAAUUCACUAGGCAACCAGGUAUGAUGGCCUAUUAUGAAAUUUGCUACAGAAUCAACAAUAAUAGAUGGCAAGUUGGACGAGACAAUUCAGGAGACUCUGGUCCUUAUGCAAUGCUCCGCAAUCAAUGGGUUAGUUUUGAAGACCCUCAAUCAAUUGAAAAGAAAGCUAAGUAUGUUAUGGACGUAGGUUUGGGUGGUAUUGCAGCCUGGACCGUGGACUUGGAUGAUUUCCAGAAUCGUUGCUGUAGAGAAGCUUUCCCAUUGUUGAAAACCAUUAAUCGAGCCUUAGGAAGAAUUAACUCUCCAGCUCCUAGUGGACAAAACUGCCAACGACCACCUAAGCCGGUUACACCAGCUCCUCCAGUUAUGACAACUGUAAGCGAAAACGGCAUGCCACCAAUGCAUGAGCAUACCACUUGGCCUUCAUGGAGUCCUUCGCCAACAACAUCAAUGCCUACUACAACAACAAACAGGCCAUGGUGGGAGCAGCCAGCCUCUUCGUCUCCUUCGACAUGGUGGCCUCAAACUCCAACCGAAAUAACAACACCCCGUCCAAGACCGACAACUACUACAACACGUCGUACUACUCCUAAGCCUGCAACGACGACACAGUACUAUCCACCGCCGCCAAGCACAACUAUUCCUCCUCCAGCUGUGAUCAUGCCUAUUUACGAAAAUGACCAAGGAUCUUGUGACCCAGGUACUUACAAGGAAGAUCCGCAUAACUGUAAUUCUUAUUAUCAGUGCGUCUACGGCGAAUUGAAGCAACAAUUCUGCGCUGGCGGCCUUCACUGGAAUAACCGCAACAAACUUUGCGAUUGGCCAGAAGCAGCUCAAUGUGACCAACGACAAAAUCAAGCCCCGCAACCUACUACUCAACGGCCACGCCCAACCACUCAAAGACCUCGACCUACAACGACGACUGUUCGUACUACCCCUCGAACAAAACCAACACGACCACCUACUACUCCACGACCUCCAAGCUAUGAACCUUUGGGUUCACCAGCAGACGGAUGCAUUUCUGGCCAGUUCUAUCCUCAUUCUGAGUGCGACAGGUUCCAUAUGUGUAUUAACAAUCAAUUGCUUGAGCAAAGUUGUGGCGCCGCCCUUGCUUGGAAUACGAAUCUCAAUAGUUGUGACUGGGCUGACAAUGUUAAUUGUAUUUCUCGGUCGAAGUUCUUGAAGUUGAUUGAUUCUCGUCUGGCUCCAGAUGAUCCUUGCGAAGGUAAUGAAUACGCUCCUUAUCCUGGCGAUUGUACUCAAUACCUGAGAUGCUUGUGGGAUCGACUGGAAGCAUACAGCUGUGCACCGGGAUUGCAUUGGAAUAAUCAAGCAAGGAUUUGUGACUGGCCAGCAAACGCUCAGUGUACACAAUCUGAGGGUGUCGAUAAUACAAUAGGUGAACCUGGAAAACCACCACCGCAAGGCCAACAUUCUACACCUAGACCAAUCACAACGCGGCCAUCUACUACUCCUCGGCCGACUUAUCCAACUGAUCGUCCAGUACUUGAACCUCUUUCUGGCUACUAUAAGGUUGUUUGCUACUUCACAAAUUGGGCUUGGUACCGUAAAGGAUUCGGUCGCUACACCCCAGAUGAUAUCAAUACUGAUCUCUGCACACACAUUGUUUAUGGCUUUGCAGUUUUGGACUAUUCGGAUCUCAUUAUCAAGACCCACGACUCAUGGGCUGACAUUGAAAACAAUUUCUACACCAGAGUGUCUGGACUGAGAGGUAAAGGAGUGAAAGUUUCGCUUGCUUUAGGUGGUUGGAACGACUCGCAGGGAGACAAAUACAGUCGCUUAGUCCGGAAUCCUUCUGCUCGGGCAAGAUUUGUUCGACAAGCUGUGGAAUUCAUUGAGAAAUAUGGCUUCGAAGGGUUAGAUUUGGAUUGGGAGUACCCUGUUUGCUGGCAGACAGAAUGUAACAAAGGAUUCCCGGAUGAAAAGGAAGGCUUUACCGCUUUGGUUCGUGAAUUGUCACAGGCAUUCAAACCUAAAGGAUUGCUGCUCUCUACCGCCGUAUCACCCAGUAAGAAGAUCAUUGAUGCUGGAUACGAUGUACCCGAACUUUCAAAGUAUUUUGAUUGGAUUGCUGUUAUGACCUAUGAUUUCCAUGGACAAUGGGACAAGAAGACUGGACAUGUUGCACCGAUCUUCUAUCAUCCUGAAGAUGAUUUUGAUUACUUCAAUUCGAACUUCUCUUUGCACUAUUGGAUCGAGAAGGGUGCCCCAUCACGGAAAAUUGUCAUGGGCAUGCCGCUUUAUGGACAAUCAUUCUCUCUGGCUGAUCCUAAGGUUAAUGGUCUUAAUGCUCCUGCACCAGGUCCUGGACAAGCUGGUGAAUAUACGAGAGCUGCCGGAUUUUUGGCGUACUAUGAGAUCUGCGAUCGCAUCAAGAGUGGCGGUUGGACUGUCGUACAAGAUGAAUACGGACGCAUGGGACCAUAUGCUUACAAAGGAAAUCAGUGGGUGUCAUUCGACGAUAAGGAGACCAUACGAAGGAAAUCACAAAUGGUUCGAGCUCUAAACCUCGGCGGAGGAAUGGUAUGGGCCUUGGAUUUGGAUGACUUCAAAAAUCGUUGUGGUGAUGGUGUUCACCCAUUGUUGACGCAAAUACACAACGUUUUGAAGGAUCCACCAUCAGGAUAUGAACCAGAGCCUGGUCUUCUCGAACCCGAGGCACCACAAGUUGAAGAGAUCCCGCCCGAACAACAACCAAUUCUUGGACCAUCUGAUCCAAAUCUAGAAAUUGAAGAACUACCUGUCGCUGGAGGCGGCACCGGCAUACAUCCCGUAGAUAACGCCGUGGUGCCAUCAAGUACAGACUACAAAGUUGUCUGCUACUUCACAAAUUGGGCAUGGUAUCGACAAGGCAAUGCCAAGUUCCUUCCCGAAGACAUAGACGGCGAUUUAUGUACUCACAUUGUUUAUGGUUUUGCUGUCCUUAACCGAGAUAGUCUCACAAUCAAGCCACACGACUCGUGGGCUGAUAUUGAUAACAAUUUCUAUGACAGGGUUGUUGCGUACAAAAAGAAAGGAAUUAAAGUCACCCUCGCUAUUGGAGGAUGGAACGAUUCGGCUGGUGAUAAAUAUUCACGAUUGGUAAGAGAUCCAGCAGCGCGAGCAAGAUUUGUGAGACAUGUCAUUGAAUUCAUUGAAAAGUAUGGAUUCGAGGGAUUGGAUUUGGAUUGGGAAUACCCAGUCUGUUGGCAGGUUGAUUGUACAAAGGGCUAUGAAGAUGAAAAGGAAGGAUUCACCGCUUUGGUACGAGAACUUUCGCAUGCCUUCAAGCCUAGAGGACUCCUCCUAUCAUCGGCGGUUUCACCAAAUCAAAAGGUUAUCGAUGCAGGUUAUGAUGUUCCAGCUCUUUCAGAACACUUUGAUUGGAUCGCCGUCAUGACUUAUGAUUACCACGGACAAUGGGAUAAGAAGACCGGACACGUCGCUCCAAUGUAUGUUCACCCUGAGAGUGAACAACCAACAUUUAAUGCCAAUUUCACAAUCAACUAUUGGAUUGAAAAAGGAGCCGAUCGAAGGAAAUUAGUGAUGGGCAUGCCAAUGUACGGACAAUCUUUCUCAUUGGCUGAAAACAAGAAUCACAAUUUGAAUGCUCCAACGUAUGGUGGCGGUGAAGCAGGAGAUGGCACUCGUGCUAGAGGAUUCUUAUCGUACUAUGAAAUCUGUCAAUAUAUCCGAGAUAGAGGCUGGCAAGUUGUACGUGAUAGACGCGGACGUAUUGGACCUUAUGCCUAUAACCGCGAUCAAUGGGUAUCAUUCGACGAUGCUCCAAUGAUUCGUCAUAAGAGUGAAUAUGUUAAGGCCAUGGGACUAGGUGGUGCUAUGAUAUGGGCAUUGGAUUUAGAUGACUUCCGAAAUCUUUGCAAAUGUGAGAAGUAUCCGCUUUUGAAAACGAUUAAUCGUGUGUUGAGAAAUUAUCCAGGACCGCACCCAAUGUGUAAAUUGGAGGAUAAGGCUGAAUUGGCGCCUGAAAUAGACAAUGCACAACUCCAAGCUACCACUCAUAGGCCGCAACCACAUUUACCGGUCACCAUGAAACCGACUUCAGGAAGACCAACGACGAAACGUCCCACAACCCAAUGGCCAUAUACUACGCGAUCCACUACUGCAUGGCCUUAUACUACACGAUCCACUACUGCAUGGCCUUAUACUACACGGCCCACUACUGCAUGGCCUUAUACUACACGGUCUACUACUGUAUGGCCAUACACUACACAGCCCACUUGGCAGUACACGCAAUCGACCACUCCACGUCCAAUCUACACAACUCCACGUCCAACCUACACUCCUCCACCGUACAGUGAUAUCCAUGAAACUGGCCCAGUAGGACAAAGUUGCAAUGGAAAAGUUUUCGCUCCGCAUCCAACUGAUUGUAAUAAAUACUACAUUUGUCAAUUUGAUAUUCUAGCAGAACAAAGAUGUCCAACUGGUUUGUACUGGAACAAUGGCUACUGUGACUGGCCACAAAACACCAAAUGCCAAUCAUUAUCUGACUCUGUUGGUUCUGCUCCAACUACAGCUAGACCAGCUGCUCCAACGACCGCCAGACCCGCUGCUCCGACUCAUCCUAAACCCGAUGGAGAGAAGCCUACCAAGAAACCUUUCGAAACUCCUUCGAAGAAACCGUCCACCCAACGUCCCAAACCACCAAUAGUCAAGCCUCCACCUGUAUCCGGCGAUGGUCAAUACAAAGUAGUUUGCUACUUCACAAAUUGGGCUUGGUACCGGCCUGGAGAGGGCAAAUAUACCCCCGACGACAUUGAUGACAGCUUGUGCACACAUAUCGUCUAUGGAUUUGCUGUACUUAAUCCGAACACGCUUACUAUCAAAACGCAUGACUCAUGGGCCGAUAUCGAUAAUAGAUUCUAUGAACGAGUUGUUGAGUACAAAAAGAAAGGAAUCCGUGUCACACUUGCGAUUGGAGGAUGGAACGACUCCUUAGGUGACAAAUACAGCAGACUCGUACUUAACCCACAAGCUAGAGCACGGUUCAUUAAGCAUGUCAUAGAAUUCCUGGAGAAAUACGGAUUCGAAGGAUUGGAUUUGGAUUGGGAAUAUCCAGUAUGCUGGCAAGUCGAAUGCAACAAAGGUAAACCCGAAGAGAAGCAAGGAUUCGCUUCUCUCGUUCGAGAGCUUUCACAAGAAUUCAGACCCCGAGGAUUACUCCUUUCCAGCGCGGUUUCACCAAGCAAAAUGGUCAUUGAUGCCGGUUACGAUGUUCCCGAAUUGGCCAGAUAUUUCGAUUGGAUCGCCGUCAUGACUUAUGAUUUCCACGGUCACUGGGACAAACAAACUGGUCACGUUGCUCCACUCUAUUACUAUCCAGGUGACACUUACGAUUACUUCAACGGUAACUUCUCAAUCCACUAUUGGAUCGAAAAGGGAACUCCACCCAAUAAGCUAGUCAUGGGAAUGCCACUAUACGGCCAGUCAUUCUCUCUGGCUGACACUAACAAACGUGGAUUGAAUGAAAAAUCUUACGGUCCUGGCGAGGCUGGUCAGUACACCCGAUCUGGUGGAUUCCUCGCUUACUAUGAAAUUUGCGAGAAUAUCAAUCGUGGUGGUUGGACUGUGGUUCGCGAUCCUGAAGGACGUAUUGGACCUUAUGCAUACAAGGGUAACCAAUGGGUGUCUUAUGAUGACGUUUCGGAGAUACGUAGGAAAUCUGACUUUGUACGUAGUUUAAGAUUGGGUGGUGGUAUGGUUUGGGCACUUGAUUUGGACGAUUUCCGAGGACGAUGCGGCUGCGGCAAGCAUCCAUUGUUGAGAACUCUAAAUCAAGAACUUCGGGGAAUUUCAGGACAACGAGCUAAUGACUGCACGUAGAUUUCAUAAAAGUGCUGUGCGAUUUAUUUAGAUUAAGAUUUGUCGUUUGAAACGAUUCCUCCUUUAAGUUGUAAAAUGUUAUGACAAUUCGACCGAUCUUAUAGAUUAGUUGAGAUUUUCCCUUUCAAUAAACAAUGAGCUCCUUGUAAUGAAAUUUUCUAAUAAAUAAAAUAAAUAGAUAUAAUUAA